UAUCAUACAACCAUGCACUUGUUUCACUUGUUGAUUCAAUUUAGAGAUUUGUGUCAACAGGAUAAGUGGAUGAGUGUUAGUAGAUCCGAUUCUGCUGUGGUGAGGUUGGCUAUUUUCUUCCACGAUAUUGUCUAUGAUGUGAAGAGAAAAGACAAUGAAUCAAGAAGUGCCAAAUUAUUUGCAGAAGCUUUUAUUAAUGAUGUUAAACCAAGAAGUUUGAGUGAGGGGGAGAUUAAAAGAGUGGUGUUUUUCAUUGAAUGUACAGCAAGUCACUUGUCACAUCAAGACAAGGACGACAAGAUGUUAAAAUACUUUUUAGAUUUUGAUUUGGCUGAAGAAUUGUUACAAAGUCACUAUGUCAAGAGUUAUGUAGAUAAUGUCAGAAAGGAAUAUUCUUGUUAUAGUGAUGAAGAGUUUGCUAAGGGAAGAUCUGGAUUUUUGAAGAAAAUGCUUUCAUAUGAACACAUUUUCUAUUCACCAGCAUUGAGAGAACGUUACGAAAAGCAAGCUAUGGAAAAUAUGAAAUGGGAAUUG